GAAUUGGGAGUAAUCGAAGACUAAACAGAGGGUUUUGGCGGCUUCUGUGGCUGUUGCUUAAUUUAUUAUUUUCGUCCUUCCUUGCUCUCUCUUUCUUUCCUUCUUUAUAUGCCUUUAUGCGAACGAAGGUAAUUAGUACAUAAUUACCGGACAGGUUGGUUUAUAUAAGAUAAACCAUGCGACCCGAUUUAGCUGUCCACUCGUUUUUUCUUUGGCCCCCUUAAAUUUUCCAUUUUGCUGCUGCUCUCUCUAUCUCUAUCUCUACCUCUGUCUCUCUGUCUUUCUCUCUCUUCUUCCUCGAGUUUUCCAGACCAGAGAGAGACAGGGUGGGGAAUAUUAUGGAGGGAGAUUCUGUUGCUCCAUCAUUCGGGUUCCGCAUCGGCUUUCCCGAAUAGUUUCUCCGGCCGAGGAGCGUGGUGAAGGGUCGCCACUUGGGUUGCUUCUCCGCGCUGUAGUGUUUGUGUUUUCUUAUUUUUUCCACGGAAAAUUUUCAGCCUACUCUGUUCCGCUGUCUCCCUGUUGACUUGCGCUGAGAUCCGGAGUUUCUCAGCUCCACAGGAGGUCAAGCUUGUGGCUUGCUUGAUGCUGGAGUUUGGUAAAGCAGAGUGUGGCGACAAAUGGGUCUGUGCAAAUUUUGACUCGGGUCGUCGAAUAUCAGAGCUUGAGAUCUGAGGCCCCCGUCCAAUCCAACGUCUUUUCUUGGAGGUUUUUUCGAGUCUGGGAGCGAAGAAAGAUGAUGAGAACAAGGGCCAAAACGACGGGGCUGACGACCAUGAACGGGAGCGCCGCCGGCGGUAAUGCGAGCAGAGCUGGGGAGGCAGGGGAGGAGUGGGAGAUGAGGCCCGGAGGAAUGCUGGUCCAGAAGCGGAACGCGGGCUCGGAUCACGGCUUGGCGCCGCCGCCACCGACGAUCCGUGUUAGGGUUAAGCACGGGUCAACGUAUCACGAGAUGAGCAUUAACUCGCAGGCCACAUUCGGGGAGUUGAAGAAAAUGUUGACCGGGCCGACAGGGCUGCACCAUCAAGAUCAGAAACUGAUAUUCAAAGACAAAGAGAGGGACUCCAACGCGUUCCUCGACAUCGUCGGCGUCAAGGACCGGUCCAAGAUCGUGCUUGUCGAGGACCCGAUCAGUCAGGAGAAGCGGAUUCUCGAGAUGCGACGGAAUGCGAAGUUGGAGAAGGCGUCCAAGUCCAUAUCUGAGAUCAGCUUGCAAGUCGAUAGGCUCGCGGGCCGGGUUUCGGCCAUGGAAUCGGUGAUUUCUAGGGGAGGAAAGAUGCCUGAAACGGAGUUGUUGACUUUAAUUGAGCUGUUAAUGAAUCAGCUGCUCAAGUUGGAUGGCAUUAUUGCUGAUGGAGAUGUGAAAUUGCAGAGGAAAAUGCAGGUGAGGAGAGUUCAGAAAUAUGUGGAAACCCUAGACAUGUUGAAGAUCAAGAACUCCAUGCAGACCAGCAAUGGAGGGCAAGGCCAAGACCCCGAGGAGAACCGGCAUGCCCACCCGAACGGGGCAAAAACGACCGUGUUUCAGCAGCAGCAGCAGCAGCAUCAUAACGGGCAUUCCCAUUCUCAUUCCCAGCCUCAAGUGAACCGUCAUCAACAUCACAGCAACCACCAUCAGAGCCAGAACAAGAAGCAAGGCGAAGAAGAAGAGGAGCAAGAUCCGAGAAGAAGAUCGACAUCAGGGACAGUCGUGACCACGAAAUGGGAGACGUUUGACGCCACCCCGCCAUUGGUGCCAGCCCUCGCUUCGUCCACAUCCACCGCCUCUCCGGUCGCCAUUAAUAACAACCCAGUCCAGCCAAGAUUCAACUGGGAAUUGUUCGAGUAAAUUACUGAAGCAUUUCAAAGAGAAAGAAGGAAGAAGAUAUUUUCUCUUUUUUUCUCUCUUUUCGAGUGUGGAUCGCCAUUCGUGGGUUUGUCUCGUCAUUUGGUUUUUACAUUCUUUCUUGUACUUAGAUUUAUUUCGACACCCCCUCCGAAAAGAAAAAUUUCCUGAGGAUUCCACUCACAAAGAAGUGUCAGCAAGAAAAUAAAUGGGAGGAGGGGGUGCUGUUAUAUACGACAGGGGCAGUGACCAUGAUCACCAAUGUGUCAUAAAGAUUUCAUCUCGUUUGUGUCAUUGAAUUCGAUUACCCUUACAUCUUGUAUGGUUCUCUUGA